ACGUCAAAGUCACUGAACUGUCAAUAUCGAUAUCAUAAAAUGCGUUUUACUCAUCUUCAGCAAUAUUUAUAUAUUUUGUGAAAUACUUGGAAAGAAGUAUGCGAUAUUUGCAAAAUUAUUAGCUAGCUUAAAGUACAACACCUUAAAUUAUUACAAAACUACAAUGGCAAGUUCAGUCAUAUUGGCAGGCUUAGGGAUGGCAGCGGUUGGCUUCGCGGGUCGCUAUGUCUUACGACAGAUGCCUAACGCCUCUUCCAAAUUUGCUGAAGCUGUAAAAAACUUACCUAAGUUCGAUGCCGAAAGCUUAGCUAAUUCUAAAUAUUAUAAAGGAGGAUUUGAACCGAAAAUGACCAAAAGGGAAGCUGCUUUAAUUCUGGGUGUUAGUCCUACAGCAAACAAAGCUAAGAUAAGAGAUGCACAUCGGAAGAUAAUGUUACUAAAUCAUCCUGAUCGUGGAGGAUCACCCCUGAUAGCUGCUAAAAUAAACGAAGCUAAAGACCUAUUAGAAAGCGGGAAGUCAUAAUGCCUUGUUUUGGUUUAAAUUUAGUGUAAAUAGUUGAACAAUGCUCUAGAACAAUUAAUUUCGAAGACAUAAAUAUUUAGUUAAUUACCUGAAAGAUUGUAGCUACAUUUAGUACUUUGUUUUAAGGGUAAUUAUAAAUAAAAUUCAUUUGAACAUCUCAA